UGUGCUACAAGUAAUGGGUGUAUCUACGUCACACGUGUCAAAAAGAGCCUCAAGGCGGAUUACAUGUCUCCUGUAUAGACUGGACUGUCUAGACAAUUCCGCCAUCGUAAUUGCUAAACAUUGAGAUUGACGUCGGGCCCUCCAGUUUAGUAAUCUCUCGUUGUCGGGAGACUUCAACCUUUAGUCAUACGGAAUCAGUCGGCUGGGUUGAAACAAUCACGGCAGCACGCUUUUCACUUGACAACAGGAUUACGGAUGAAUUGAAUCAAUAAAUCUUUAAAAAAUACAACAUUUCAAAGUCGGGAGAACUUCCUUGCCCCCCACUCUUGUGGGCCUCCAUCUAUCCUUACCUCUACGGAGCAGCUAAAACCGGCGUUGCGGUCCCAAAGAAACAACCGAGUCUCCGGAUGAGAUAAACGAGAUCUGCCCAAACUCCUUGGUCAAACAUCAACGAGCAUCGUACAUUACACCUCGUACUUGUACCGGUACCCAGAUACCUGAACCUACCCUGACUGUAUAUAAAAACAAAGCCCCCAGCGAAAGGCCCUGACCCCCCCCCAAAGUCGCCAAAAUAGAGACCUCAAAGAGACUUUCUCACCUCUACCUACGAUCCCUCAGUCGGAGUAGAAGUCGAUCACCACAGUCACCCAUUCUCGCUACUGCUGCCGCUGAAGAAAAAUCACCCUCUUCGCCGUUGUCGUCGCCAUCGUCGCCCACCAUGUCACCACCGUCGUCCGCCGUGACGGCGGCCAACGAGGACAAGAUUGUUCUCAUCACCGGUAUAAACGGGUACAUUGCCACGCACAUCGGCGUCCAACUCCUCCGAAAGGGGUACAAGGUCAGGGGAACGUCGAGGUCUUCCGCGACCCAGACACAUCUGUUGUCGGGUGCGUUCAAGGGUCACGACUCGCGAUACGAACACGCCGUGGUCCCCGACAUCACCGCCCCGGGUGCGUUCGACUCGGCCGUGCGUGGAGUCCACGCCGUCAUCCACACCGCCUCGCCCGUCGACUUUUCCCUGACAAACGUCGACGACUUUUUCAGGCCCGCCGUGGGCGGCAACCUGUCGAUCCUGAACUCGGCCCUCGCCCACGCCUCGUCGUCGUCGUCGUCGACGACGACGACGACCACCCUGAGGUCUUUCGUGGUCACCUCCUCGGUCGCCGCCGUGGUGGACAGGUGGAGACAGGCCCCCGACCACGCCUACACCGAGGCCGACUGGAACACGAGCGGCGAGGCCGUCGCCCGCAAGGACUUUUCCGCCCUCGUGGCCUACGGGGCGUCCAAGGCCGCGGCGGAAAGGGCGGUCUGGGAUUGGGUGGCGGAACACCAACCCCGAUUCGCCGUCUCGUCCGUCCUGCCGGCGGUCGUCACCGGCCCGCCGGUGUCCUGGCCCCAGUCCCCCCAGGGGCUGAACGAGACCCUCCUCCCGGUGUGGCGGAUCUGGAGCGGCGACAAGCAACUCCCUCCCCAGAUCGGCGGGGCCGGCUACGUCGACGUCCGAGACGUGGCCCGCAUGCACGUCUGGGCCAUGGAACACCCCGACCGGAGCGACGGACAACGGUACCUGCUGUCCAUGGGCAAAGCACCCCCCCAGGCCGCCGCGGAUUUGUUGCGCGAGAAAUUCCCCGGACGAGACAUCGUCGUCGGCAACCCUGGCCAAGGCUACACCCCGCCCGACUAUGGCUUCGUCGAGGGCGAGAGCAGUCUGGUCUCGACCAAGGCGCACAAGGCCCUGGGCGGUGCCGACAGCUUCAUCCGCUACGACAAGUCCAUCCUGGACACCGUCGAGGCCUUUGAGAGGCAGUGGCCUGGGUAUGCGAGGAACUUCAAGCAGUAGUGAGACCAAGAAAUGUAUUGACGACGAACGAGGAACAUCAAAGAAAUGGACAUGACAGUUUAGCGAAGAAGAAAAAAUCUUGCAUAGAUAGAAACUUAGUAGGGCAUGACAAAACACUAGAACUCAUCUGGUUCACUUGAAAACAGUCCAAUAGUUGAAUGCUCUACCUUGGCCAUGCC